AGAACUAGGCGCACAGAGGGGGCCUGCAGCCUGCAGGGGCCUCAGGGAAGACCGCUCCGCCCCACCCUCCUGCUGAGCCCACCCCGAGAACGGGCGUCUCCAUCCCCCAGCCGAGCCCGCACAAAGCCAGGUGGGAGGCGCGGCCGGUCCUCGCAGUGGGAGGAUGGGCGCCUGGCUGCCGCGCUCCGCCCUGCGUCCGCGCUGGUCCCCGCGCUCCCUCCUCCCUCUGACGCCCGCAGCCCCGGCCACCCCAGGCUCGCUCGCUCUCGCGCUGUCUCUCUCUCUCUCUCUCUCUCUCUCUCCCCCUCCCCCGCUCGCUCCCUCCCCUCCCCGGCACUGCAGCAUUCGCCGACUGCAGCUCCAGCCGCCGCCCGCGCCUCUCCGGCCUCCUCCGCAGCCCCCGCCGCAGCCAGCACCAUGGCCAGCACCGUGUCCGCCUACAAGGAGAAGAUGAAGGAGCUGUCCGUGCUGUCCCUCAUCUGCUCCUGCUUCUACUCACAGCCACACCCCAACACCAUCUACCAGUAUGGGGACAUGGAGGUGAAGCAGCUGGACAAGAGGGCCUCCGGCCAGAGCUUCGAGGUCAUCCUCAAGUCGCCUUCCGAUCUGUCCCCGGAGAGCCCUGUGCUGUCCUCCCCCCCCAAGAGGAAGGACGCCUCCCUGGAAGAGCUGCAGAAGCGGCUGGAGGCGGCCGAGGAGCGAAGGAAGACGCAGGAGGCGCAGGUGCUGAAGCAGCUGGCGGAGCGGCGCGAGCACGAGCGCGAGGUGCUGCACAAGGCCCUGGAGGAGAACAACAACUUCAGCCGCCUGGCGGAGGAGAAGCUCAACUACAAGAUGGAGCUCAGCAAGGAGAUCCGCGAGGCGCACCUGGCGGCGCUGCGCGAGCGGCUGCGCGAGAAGGAGCUGCACGCGGCCGAGGUGCGCAGGAACAAGGAGCAGAGAGAGGAGAUGUCCGGCUAAGGGGCUUCGGACACCGCAGCGCCUGGAUCCUGAGCCGACACGAGAACACGUUCGGGUUUUGGUUUGGUUUUGUUCAGCUCUGUCUAGAUGCCACUUUUGUUCCCCCCCCCCCCCCCCCCGUCCCGCUCCCCCAGCUUCAUGCUUCUCUUUCCGCACUGCGAGCUGCCCAGUCCCGGCAGCCGCUGACCCCAGGCUCUCCCCGGAGGGGCCGCAGGGCGUGGCACAGGGUCCCUCAGUUCAGGCACCAGGCCGGGCGGUGGCUGGGUCCCCUCUUGGCAGCCCUCUUGGUGGGUGUGGUGGUGACCUCGGUAAACCCAGAGGUAGCGGAGGAACGCGCAGGUCCGUGUGCUGGGCUGUCCUGUGAGCACCUCGUCACUUAGGGCGCACCCAAGCGCAGACGCCAGCCCGGCACAGGAGGGGGAGGAGGAGGGGCAGUCAGAGUCAGACCUAGGCGGACUUCCCGGCAGUGCGGGACGGGUCUCCCCAUCUUGGGGCUGGCCUUGGGAGGGUGUGUGCACUGGUGCUCGUGGAGAUGGUGGGUGGAGGCUGCAGCACCCUUCCUUUAGUGUGGUCACACAAGGGUCUUCUGAGAUUGCCCAGCCUGUGAUGGACACCCUGGGCUGGCCUGUGAGCCUGCGGUCACUGCCUGUGGCCGGAGUGGGGACCGCAUGGGACGUGCCCUGGCCUGAGUCUUCAGGGGAGUGAGCGUUCUCCGCCAUCCUCUGCCAAGGACCCAAGGGCAGUGGGCACCAUGACACCCCCUGCUGACCCCUCCUCCCGGACGUGCUCUCCUUCCAAGAGCCUCCGGCUGCACACCUGUGGGAAGGCCCAGCGGCCGCCGUCCCCCGCGUCCCCCCCCCCCCCGAGCUUUACGAGCCUGCCCUUAGAGCCCUUCGGAGUUUUGCCCCUUCCCCUGCCCGCCCGAGGUGCUCCUGGCCGCAGGGUCGGGGCUUUCUGGCUCCACUCCGACCGGGUGUGGCCAGGUGUGAGUGGCAGCCACAGGUGUCCCUUGGGGGGCCCUUAGCAGACAGCAGGAGGCAGGGACCAGGGUUCCCAAGCCACCUCUCCACUGAGUCCGUCCUUGGCACUCCUGGCUGGCUGGUGGGCCCCUCCGGCCAGCCUGCAGGUCCCACGCCUGGCUCUAGGCCUCUCCCGCCAAGACCUUGCCAGACUGGACUGCUUCCCUCCCUCCGCCUUCAAGGACGGCUGCCUGUCUGGACGCGAGGGUGGUCUGGUCUUUGACCCGCAGCCCCACCCGCAGUGGGCUUCUUGCUGCAGGGUCCCUGCAGCGGGACUGCCCUCUUGGUAGAAAGCAUGAAGGGACAGACUCGAGUCCCUGCAGGACACAGAGCCGGUGCCUCUGAACCCAGGUGGUUGCAGCCCCCAGUGCCCCGGCCUCCACCCUGCAGAAGCCAGUGGGGGCCCAGCCAGGGAGCAGGAGGGUGCUGGUCCCCUGCAUGGGCUCAGAGGGGAGUGGAGGCCCAGGCCCCUCCCUGCCCCCCGUCAAGACAGCCUCCGGGAGGGGUGAGGAGCCGGGAGUGGAGCCCGGUGGUGCCUGCAGCUGCAGUGGGACUCGGAAGGGACGCGGAAGGGACCCGAGGGCUGGGUUCUCUCGGCCGCGGCAGCUCUCAGCGCGGAAGCCUAGUGUAAAUGCACCCGUCCCAUCCCGUAGUGACAGUGAACUCACAACCAAGUCAAACGAACCAUUAAAGGAAAAACCUGUGUGGCUAAG